AUGUCCAAGUACGGAACCAUCCCGACCACCUCCUCCACUCCGCCACCCGGUGGCUCCACCUCCUCCUCCUCCUCCCCGGUCGACUUCAUCUCCCGCGCCAAGGCCCGCGGCGCGUCCGCGCUCGCCACGCGCCGCCCCUGGCGCGAGCUCGCGGACCCGCGCGCGCUCUCCGUGCCGCGCGGGUUCUCGGCCGCGUACCGCCGCGCGCGCGCCAACCUCGCGCACUUCGCCGCCAACUACGCGCUCGUCGUCCUGCUCGUCGUCUUCGUCUCCCUCCUCUGGCGGCCGGUCUCGAUGCUCGUCUUCCUCGCCUGCUUCGCGGCCUGGCUCGUGCUCUACUUCCUCCGCGACCGCGACGCGGACGGGGCGCUCGUGGUCUGCGGGCGCGGCGUCGGGGACGGUGUGGUCAUCGCGGUCCUCUCCGCGACCACGCUCGUCCUGCUGCUGCUCACGGGCGCCACGGGAUUCAUCCUCACCUCGCUGCUCGUCGGGCUCCUGCUCGUCCUGCUCCACGCACUGCUGCACCGCCCCGCCGACAGCAUCGACGACGAGGCCGGGAGAUGGUACACGCCAGUGCCGCCGUCCAGCUACUAG